GGGACGGAGACGGGGUGGCAGCGCCUGGCCGGGGCGUAGGCGACAGCGAGAGCGCGGCUCCCUGAAGGCACAGCCGCCCGGCGGUCACCAUGAGUGAUCAGGCUUUGAGCUUCCUCAAGGACUUCCUGGCAGGUGGUGUCGCCGCUGCCGUCUCCAAGACCGCGGUCGCCCCGAUCGAGAGGGUGAAACUGCUGCUGCAGGUCCAGCAUGCCAGCAAACAGAUCACUGCUGAGAAGCAGUACAAAGGGAUCAUUGAUUGCGUGGUGAGAAUCCCCAGGGAGCAGGGCGUUCUCUCCUUCUGGAGGGGUAACCUGGCCAAUGUGAUCCGUUACUUCCCCACCCAAGCUCUCAACUUCGCCUUCAAGGACAAGUACAAGCAGAUCUUCCUGGGGGGCGUGGACCGGCACAAGCAGUUCUGGCGCUACUUUGCUGGUAACCUUGCUUCCGGUGGAGCAGCUGGAGCCACCUCCCUCUGCUUUGUCUACCCGCUGGACUUUGCUAGGACCAGGUUGGCUGCCGACGUGGGCAAGGGUCCUGCCCAGCGUGAGUUCACUGGUCUGGGCAACUGCCUCGCCAAGAUCUUCAAGUCUGAUGGCCUGAGGGGUCUCUACCAGGGAUUCAACGUCUCUGUCCAAGGCAUCAUUAUUUACAGGGCUGCCUACUUCGGAGUCUAUGAUACUGCCAAGGGGAUGCUGCCUGACCCGAAGAACGUGCACAUCUUUGUGAGCUGGAUGAUCGCACAGAGCGUGACCGCCGUCGCGGGGCUGGUGUCCUACCCCUUUGACACUGUUCGCCGGAGGAUGAUGAUGCAGUCUGGCCGGAAGGGGGCUGACAUUAUGUACACGGGGACAAUUGACUGCUGGAGGAAGAUCGCGAAAGAUGAAGGACCCAAAGCUUUCUUCAAAGGUGCCUGGUCCAAUGUACUGAGAGGCAUGGGUGGAGCCUUUGUAUUGGUAUUGUAUGAUGAAAUCAAAAAAUUUGUCUAACGUGAUUGAAACUCAUGUUCACUGGUUCCAGAACUGUUUUGUGGUUUAAUAGACUUUUCUGGGAGAAGUGAAAAGACAGGUCUGGGGUAAAACCAGAUCGAAGGGAAUACCUCAGAAAAAACGCUUCAUUGAGUGUUUGUUAAACCACAGAUGUAUUUUGUAUUUAUUUUACGUUUAAAGUUCUAUAGCAAAUAUGAAAUAACUGAUCAUACUUGUACAAUUAACUGAAGAACUGAUAAUGAAGAAAAUACUGAAUGUAAAGUAUUAAUAAAGACCACUUAAUGCA